AUGUAUGAAAAUAAUGACGAAGCAGUAGUAGCAGAGUCAACCGCCAGCAGCAUAGGUUACGAAGAGAAAAAAGCUGCUACAAGAAAAGAUUUUGAAAAUCACGGUGAGGUAGCCUCUAGUGGACGCUCUAUUCGAUGGAUAGAACGGAACAAGAUAUGUAUCAUCCUCGCUCUGGCCAUUGUCACAGCUGCAGUAUUGAUACCCACUUUGCUAUUGGUUGCCUUUCGAUCGCCACCUCCACCUCCUCCCACAACCAAACAUCAAGAAGAACACCACCCAGGAUUUCCGCCUACGCUAGAUAACAAGUUCAAUAACUCGGUGCAAGCAAACCCGUAUACACCGCCAUUAUCACAACCGUUUCCAUACGGAACAACGCCAAUUCGAGGCAUCAACCUAGGAGGCUGGCUGGUGAUCGAACCAUUUAUUACCCCAAGCCUCUUUGAUCAAUUCCCACCAUCUGCGAAUGUGGUCGAUGAAUACACGCUGUGUCAGAAACUUGGACCCAAGGAAGCACGACGGCAGAUUCAAAAUCACUACGAAACAUUUAUCACCGAAGAAGAUUUUGAAAAAAUUGCUCGGAUGGGUUUCAACCAUGUACGUAUUCCAAUGGGUCACUGGUCUAUUGAGGCCAUCGAAGGUGAGCCCUAUGUAUCACACCUUUCUUGGCAAUAUCUCUUGCGAGCCGUUCAGUGGGCACGUAAAUACGGCUUACGAGUAAUGGUCGAGCUGCACACGGCACCGGGAUCGCAAAAUGGAUGGAAUCAUUCGGGCAGAUACGGUCAAAUAGGUUGGCUAAAUGGGACGCAAGGUGAAGCCAAUGCUAUCCGAACACUCAAGGUUGUCGAGAAAAUGGUUGAAUUUUUCAGCAAGCCGGAAUGGCACGAUGUAGCACCUAUUUUUGGCGUUCUCAACGAGCCAGCAAUCUACCAUAUUGAAACAAACCGAGCCAAGGACUGGUAUCGAAAUAGUCAUGAUGCGAUUAGGAACAUUACUGGCGAAGAUGGAGGUCCCUACUUGACGUAUCAUGACGGAUUUCUUGGUCUCGACUCAUGGAACGGAUUCUUUGACCAGAAACACUACAAGCGUGUUUUCCUCGAAACGCACAUGUACAUCAUGUUUGACGAAAAGUUGGUUUCGAUGCCUCGUGAAAAAAAGGCUUUAUUCCCGUGUCACAAUUGGCGUAAAAUAUUAAAGAACUCAACGCGCAACGCUGCACCGACCAUGGUAGGCGAAUUCUCGGUCGCUACCAACGAUUGCGGAAAAUAUCUUAAUGGUAUCGGUCUUGGCACGCGGUAUGAAAAUACGUUUCCUGGCGAAAGCGAGAUGAAACAGUUAUCAUGUCCAACGUGUACAUGCGAGAAAGUCGAGGACUGGAAAAACUGGGACCAAGGCUACCGAACGUUCCUCAACUCCUUCAUGGAAUAUCAGAUGGAUUCCUUCGAAACAAGCAGUGUGGGCUGGUUCUUCUGGACAUACAAGACCGAAAAUCACACCAAUCCUCACUGGGACUAUUUACUUGGAUGGGAGAAGGGUUGGGCUCCGCAAGAUGUCAACAACAAAACACACAAAUGUGCAAAUAGUUAA